AUGGAUUCCACCUUUUUGAGUCGAGCCACCUUUAAUAAAACAGAGUCAGCAAAUUGUCUGGAGGCGAGCAGCAUGACGCCGGGCGUGGCGCCAGUCCUUCUGGAGGCGCUGCAGGCGCUGUACCACCACCCGGAGCAGGCGGUCAAGGAUGCCGCCAGCAGAUGGCUGGAGGACUUCCAGCAGACUGUGGAGGCCUGGGCAGUGUCAGACCAGAUUCUGCAUGACCCGUCCAGCUCGCUGGAGGCGCAGUACUUCUGCGCACAGACCUUGCGCACCAAGAUCCAGCGGGACUUCGAGGAGCUGCCCCCCGGAGCGGCAAACCAGCUGCGCAAGUCUCUGGUGCUGCUGCUCGGGCGCUACCAGGCGGGGCCGCCGGCCGUUCGCGCACAGCUAGCGCUGGCCCUGACCGCACUCGCGGGCCACCUCCCUGCCAACGAAUGGUCUGCCGAAGAUGGCUCUGGGGGGCCUUCCGUGGUCCAAUGGAUCGCCCGGCAACUCAACGAGCAGCCAAGCGCAGUGCCUGGCCUCCUGGAGAUGCUAGCAGAGCUGCCGCGGGAGUCAGCCAGCUACAAGAUUGCGAUUCGGCCAGCUAGGAGGCGCCAGUUCUCCGAGGAGCUUGUGGCGUCGGUGCCGGACGCUUUGGGCCUGCUGGGAGCGUUCUUGUCGGCGCAGGGGGGGGACCAGGCAGUGGUGAAUAAGCUGCUCUCGGCGUUUGCUGCUUGGUUGCGGCUGGCCAACGGCAUGCCCGCACAGGACCUGGUUAACCAGCCGCUGACGAAAGCGGCACUUGAUGGGCUGAACGAGCAGGCGACGUUUGACACGGCGGUGGAUGCAGUGUGCGAGCUGAUCCGGUACACAGUCAGCGGGCAGGGCCUUGGGGACCUUCUAGCGCACAUGCCGCUCGUCCAGGUCUUGGUGCCCCGCGUCAUGGCGCUGCGCCCCCGCUUCGACGCCGCCCUCCGACAAGCGCUCGCGGAGAAGGCCGAGAACGAGGGCAGCGAGGCGGUGCCGGUCGACUCGGAGAAUCAGGUUGAGGAGGACGAGGAUACGACCAAGGCAAUGGCGCGCCUCUUUGCGGAGCUGGCGGAGGCGUACUCGGAGCUUGUCGCGAGCGGCAGUCCGGAUGCGGUGAUCAUGGCGCAGGCGAUGCUGGAGGUGGCGGCUCAUCCGGACGACACCAUCGCCAGCACGACGUUCAACUUUUGGCACAAGCUGAGCCGCGCGCUCACCAGCAAGCCGCAGGGGGGGAACUCCCCGAGCGGGUCCGCCGGGAGCGCCGCCGUCAUCAACGAAAAGGAGCGCCGGCUGGCGCUGUUCCGACCCCUCUUCCAGAUGCUGGUGUCCCUUGUCACUGGUCGCGUCAGGUACCCUCCCGGCUUCGACACGUGGCGCAAGGACCAGAAGGCCGACUUCAAGCACACACGCUAUUCCGUCGCUGACGUCCUCCUUGACGUGGGCGAGGUCCUCGGCGGCGAGUCCCUCCUCGCACUCCUCGGGCAGCCCCUCUUCCAGGCCGCCCAAAACCUCUCCGCUUCCAACGACUGGCAGACCUUUGAGGCGUCCCUCUACUGCAUACGUGGCAUCUCGCGAUUGGUCCCCUCCACCGAGGCGUCAGUCCUUCCAGAGAUUAUGGCGCUGCUGCCGUCCGUGCCGCCACACCACCCGCAGUUACUGUACACGUCAGCGCUGACGAUCGCCGCUUAUUCCGAGUGGCUCGCUUCCGCCCGCAACGUUUCCGCGCUCCUCCCCCCCGUGCUCACGCUUCUGGCGACCGCGCUCAGCGCGCAAGAAGAGGCCCCCUCGGCCGCGGCCGUCGCCCUCCAACACGUGUGUGACACGUGUUCCGUGCAUAUCGCUUCUACGAGCGGCCACAUGGACGCCCUCCUGGGCCUCUACGAGCGGACCCUCAACCCCGAGACGCGCCCGGGGGAUCCCCCGAUCCGGCUCGAGAACGAGCACGUGAUGCACGUGAUCGAGGGCGUAUGCAAAGUUGUCAACAAGCUCCCCACGGAACGCGGGGAGCAACUGUUACAGUCUCUCUGCGUUCCGAUUCUCACCCCCCUGCAGCAACUAGCAGUGGCGACGCAGCAGGGGAGCACGCCGAGCGCCGGACUCUUCGUACAGCACUUGGACCGUCUGUCCGAAGUGUUUCGGUGCUACCGGUCGCCGCGGCCGCUCGCCGAUGCGUUUGGGCGAAUGUGGCCGCUGGUGCAGACGCUGUUUGCGCUCAAGGGCGGGGACACACGCAUUAUGGAGCGGCUCUGCCGGGCGUGCAAGCUGGCACUUCGCACGUGCGGUACGGACCUGGCGCCCAUGUUGCCCGCCAUUGCCAACGAGGUGCAGCUGCGCUACCAGGGGACGCACCAGUCGUGCCUGCUCUACGUCGCCAGCGAGGUCGUCAAGGUCUUUGGGAUGCACACUUCCCAAAAGGACACCGUCGGCUUCCUCCUCAACAGCCUCUUCCCCGAAACGCUCUCCUCUCUCAAGACCAUCUCGGACUUCACUGCGCACCCCGACCUCGCGGACGACUGCUUCCUGUUAGCGGGGCGGUGCCUGCGCUACUGCCCGCAGCUCAUCGGGGCCUCCCCGCUCCUGCCGCAGCUGCUGGACUGCGCCCUCACGGGGAUCACGGUGCAGCACAGGGAGGCCUGCCGGUCCAUCCUCUCGUUCCUGCAACAAGUCCUGGAGCUGGUCAAGUCCCGGGAGGGCGCUGACGUCAGGAGCAGCGUCGAGGCAGCGAUCCAGCCUCGGGGGCCGACGUUGCUGCGCAUUCUCAUCGCCGGGAUCACGGGAGCUUUGCCAGAGGCCCGGCUAGACGAAUUGAUCGACACGCUGUCCUACUUCGCGCCCCUAGUUGGGCAGUCCAUUGUACAAUGGACGCAGCAGACGCUGGGGCUGAUUCCAGAUUCGGCCCUAUCCAACGGUGAGAAGGAUGCUUUCAUCCAGGCGGUGGCUCAAGUCGCGUCUAGCAAUAGCGACCACCGAGAACAGCUUACGACAGCCGUCGAUGAGCUUUCCGACGUGUGCCGUCGAAACAAGAAAGUGCUGAGUGCAGUACAAGACGCUUUGCAACCUUUGCAGCUGAAGUACCCGUCUGGAUAACAGCAAGCGUUUCAGAAGAGGCAGACGCUUGCGAAGUCUUGUUCAUUGAGUUCACCGUAAGACCCCUUUUUGACACAGCUUUUGUGACCAUUGUCCAAAGACAACGUCGUCACA